GCCGCCGGCGCCGCCCGGAAGAUGGCUGUGGCGCUGCGGUACGUGUGGCUUCUCCUUCUGUGCAGUCCCUGCUUGCUCAUCCAGAUCCCCGAGGAAUUGAUGGAGCCACCCGUCAUCACAGAGCAGUCACCCCGGCGCCUGGUUGUCUUCCCCACCGAUGACAUCAGCCUCAAGUGUGAGGCCAGUGGCAAACCCGAAGUACAAUUUCGCUGGACACGGGAUGGUAUUCACUUCAAACCUGAGGAGGAGCUAGGCGUGACUGUGCACCAGGCGGCCCACUCAGGCUCCUUCACCUUCACGGGCAACAACAACUUCGCUCAGAGAUUCCAGGGCACCUACCGCUGCUUUGCCAGCAACAAGCUGGGCACUGCCAUGUCCCACGAGAUCCAGCUCGUGGCUGAGGGUGCCCCCAAGUGGUCAAAGGAGACGGUGAAGCCGGUGGAGGUAGAGGAAGGGGAGCCGGUGGUAUUGCCCUGCCACCCGCCCCUCAGUGCUGAGCCUCCUCGCAUCUACUGGAUGAACAGCAAGAUUCUGCACAUCAAGCAGGACGAGCGGGUGACAAUGGGUCAGGACGGGAACCUGUACUUUGCUAAUGUGCUCACUACGGACAACCACUCGGAUUACAUCUGCCAUGCCCAUUUCCUGGGCGCCCGCACCAUCAUUCAGAAGGAACCCAUUGACCUCCGGGUCAAGGCCACCAACAGCAUGAUUGACAGGAAGCCACGCCUGCUCUUCCCUACCAACUCCAGCAGCCACCUGGUGGCCUUGCAGGGACAGCCCCUGGUCCUGGAGUGCAUUGCUGAGGGCUUCCCUACGCCCACCAUCAAGUGGCUUCGCCCAAGUGGCCCCAUGCCAGCUGACCGCGUGACUUACCAGAACCACAACAAGACGCUGCAGCUGGUGAAUGUGGGCGAGGAGGAUGACGGCGAGUACCGCUGCCUGGCUGAGAACCCGCUGGGCACUGCCCGGCAUGCCUACUAUGUCACUGUGGAGGCUGCCCCAUACUGGCUGCACAAGCCCCAGAGCCAAUUGUACGGGCCGGGAGAGACUGCACGCCUCGACUGCCAGGUCCAAGGCAGGCCCCAACCCGAGGUCACCUGGAGAAUCAACGGGAUCCCUUUGACGGAGCUGAGCGAGGACCAGAAGUACAGGACCCAGCAAGGAGACGCCCUGAUCCUGAGCAAUGUGCAGCCCAGUGACACCAUGGUGACCCAGUGUGAGGCCCGCAAUCGGCAUGGACUCCUGCUGGCCAAUGCCUACAUCUAUGUUGUCCAGCUGCCCACCAAAAUCUUGACUCCAGACAACCAGACGUACCUGGCCGUCGAGGGCAGCACAGCCUACCUUCUGUGCAAGGCCUUUGGGGCCCCCGUGCCCAGCAUCCAGUGGCUCGACGAGGAGGGGGCAACAGUACUUCAGGAUGAGCGCUUCUUCCCCUACGCCAAUGGGACCCUGGGCAUCCGGGACCUCCAGGCCAAUGACACCGCACGCUAUUUCUGCCAGGCCACCAAUGACCAAAACAAUGUGACCAUUGUGGCUAACCUGCAGGUCAAAGAUGCCACUCGGAUCACGCAGGGGCCCCAGAGUGCAAUUGAGAAGAAGGGUUCGAGGGUGACGUUCACAUGCCAGGCUUCCUUUGACCCCUCCUUGAAGCAUAGCAUCACCUGGCGCAGGGAUGGCCGUGACCUCCAGGAGCUUGGAGACAGUGACAAGUAUUUCAUCGAGGACAGCCGCCUGAUCAUCCAGAGCCUGGACUACAGCGACCAGGGCAACUACAGCUGCGUGGCCAGCACCAAGCUAGACGUGGUGGAGAGCAGGGCCCAGCUCCUGGUGGUGGGGAGCCCUGGGCCAGUGCCCCAGCUGGAACUGUCCGAUCGCCACCUGUUGAAGCAGUGCCAGGUGCGUCUAUCCUGGAGCCCCGCCGAGGACCACAACGCUCCCAUUGAGAGUAAGUGGCCGCAGCGUGGCCUCUCCUGCCUUCUGGGCACACAAGGGGAGGGGGCAGUGGGGAAGGUGGAGGCCUGGUCCCCUCCCUCCCCAUGCCUACCCCUCUGCCACACGCCCCAUGCAAUUACUCCAUUGCUGCUUCACCGCUUGGCAGAGUAUGACAUUGAAUUUGAAGACAAGAAAAUGGAGCCGGAGAAAUGGUACAGCCUGGGCAAGGUGCCAGGGAACCAGACUUCUACCACCCUUAAGCUGUCACCCUACAUCCACUACACCUUUAGGGUCACUGCCAUCAACAAGUAUGGCCCUGGGGAGCCCAGCCCGGCCUCCGAGACUGUGCUAACACCUGAGGCAGCCCCAGAGAAGAACCCCGUGGAUGUGAGGGGGGAAGGGAAUGAGACCAACAACAUGGUCAUCACGUGGAAGCCACUCAAGUGGAUGGACUGGAAUGCCCCCCAGGUUCAGUACCGGGUACAGUGGCGCCCUCAAGGGGUGCGGGGGGCAGCCUGGCAGGAGCAGAUUUUGAGCAAGCCGUUCCUGGUGGUGACCAACACGUCCACCUUCGUGCCCUACGAGAUCAGAGUCCAGGCUGUCAACAGCCAGGGCAAGGGCCCUGAGCCCCACGUUACCAUUGGCUACUCUGGGGAGGACUUCCCCCAGGCCAGCCCCCAGCUAGAUGGUGUCAAGAUCCUCAACUCGAGUGCUGUGCUGGUCAAGUGGUGGCCUGUGGACCCAGCCCAGGUCAAAGGCCACCUCCGGGGAUACAACGUGACGUACUGGUGGGAGGGCAGCCAGAGGAAGCACAGCAAGAGGCAUGUGCACAGAGGCCACGUGGUGGUGCCUGCCAACACCACCAGUGCCAUCCUCAGUGGCCUGCGGCCCUACAGCUCCUACCACCUGGAGGUGCAGGCCUUCAACGGACGGGGUGCAGGGCCCGCCAGCGAGAUCACCUUCAGCACACCAGAGGGAGUGCCUGGCCACCCUGAGGCGCUGCAUCUGGAGUGCCAGUCAGACACCAGCCUGCUGCUGCACUGGCAGCCCCCGCUCAGCCACAACGGCGUGCUCACCGGCUACGUGCUCUCCUACCACCCCUUGGAUGAGGGCAGCAAGGAGCAGCUGUCGUUUGACCUUCGGAACCCGGAGCUUCGGAUGCACAACCUUACCAACCUCGACCCCCACCUUCGGUACCGCUUCCAGCUGCAGGCCACCACGAAGAAGGGCCCGGGUGAGGCCAUCGUGCGGGAAGGAGGCACCAUGGCCUUGUCCGAGAGCCCGGAUUUUGGCAACAUCUCAGCCACAGCAGGCGAGAACUACAGCAUCGUCUCCUGGGUCCCUAGGGAGGGCCAGUGCAACUUUCGGUUCCACAUUCUGUUCAAGGCCCUUGGUGAGAAGGUGAGUGCCUACCUCCCGUCACCACAGUACGUCAACUACAACCAGAGCUCCUACACACAGUGGGACCUACAGCCAGACACUGACUACGAGAUUCACCUGCUCAAGGAGAAAAAAGUCCUGCACCAGAUGGCGGUGAAGACCAAUGGCACUGGACGGGUGAGGCUGCCUCCAGCGGGCUUUGCCACUGAGGGCUGGUUCAUCGGCUGUGUCAGCGCCGUUAUCCUCCUGCUGCUGAUUCUGCUCAUCCUCUGCUUCAUCAAGCGCAGCAAGGGUGGCAAGUACUCAGUAAAGGACAAGGAGGAUACCCAGGUGGACUCAGAGGCCCGGCCGAUGAAAGAUGAGACUUUUGGCGAGUACAGCGACAACGAGGAGAAGGCCUUUGGCAGCAGCCAGCCAUCCCUCAAUGGGGACAUCAAGCCCCUGGGCAGUGACGACAGCCUGGCUGAUUAUGGGGGCAGUGUGGACGUCCAGUUCAAUGAGGACGGCUCCUUUAUCGGCCAGUACAGCGGCAAGAAGGAGAAGGAGGCAGCAGGUGGCAAUGACAGCUCUGGGGCCACCUCCCCCAUCAACCCUGCAGUGACCCUGGAGUAGCAGGGAUGAGCCCUGACCUUGGGAUUAGGGGGCUCCUGCCCCUUCCUGCUGCACCCCGGGCCCUGCCCUCUGGCCCUGGGCUGGCGGGGCUGGAAUCUGGGGGCAGAGGAGAGGUGCUCACUGCCUCCAACUCCCUCCUCAGCCCCGUUCCCCAGUUUAUUGCCAAAACCCAGC